CUAAAUUGGAGCUUUAUGAAGGCCUAUAAAUAGGAGCUUAAAGAAGCUUUAAAAGCAGAUGGCCUUAUCGGCUAGAUUGGCGUCGCCAGUUUUUCUGUUCCGUCACGUGCACCAUUGGCUUGCACGAGAUUCUUCUUCUUCCUUCAUACGCAACCCAGGUCUCCACCUUGACCGCCUGGCACAGCCAUCUGCCUUCAGUUCACUACGAAUCGCUGCUAAAAAGAAGACAAAGGUUCGUCUUACAGUGAGAGCUCAUUCCACAUCACCGGAAGUAGUAUCCGCCGCAAGAAUGGUGAAAGCUGUUAUGGUACACGAGAUUGGUAACCCUGAGGUCCUCAAAUGGGAGGAUAUUGAAGUAGGAGAACCAAAGGAAGGAGAGAUAAGGGUGAAAAAUCAGGCAAUAGGCCUCAAUUUUAUUGAUGUACAGUUUCGCAGAGGGUCUUACAAAGCUAAUAGCUUUCCAUUUAUACCAGGCAAGGAAGGUGCUGGAGUGGUGACAGCUGUUGGUCCUGGAUUAACUGGAAGAAAAGUUGGGGAUGUUGUUGCUUAUGCUGCCUCCCCAGUGGGGGCGUAUGCUGAAGAACUGAUCCUCCCUGCAAAUAUAGUGGUUCCUGUUCCUCCCUCCAUUGACUCCACCACAGCAGCAUCUGUACUUCUGAAGGGAAUGACAGUUCAUAUGUUAGUUCGCAGAUGCUUCAGGGUUGAACCUGGACAUUGUGUUCUUGUUCAUGCUGCAGCAGGUGGGGUUGGCUCCCUUUUGUGCCAAUGGGCAAAUGCGCUUGGUGCCACUGUCAUCGGGACUGUCUCAACUAAAGAAAAGGCAGCCCAGGCAAAAGAAGAUGGGUGCCAUCAUACCAUAAUCUACAAGGAAGAGGAUUUUGUGUCCCGUGUGAAUGAGAUCACAUUCGGAAAAGGAGUCGAAGUAGUCUAUGAUUCUGUUGGAAAAGACACCUUUCAGGGAUCCCUGGAGUGCCUGAAAGUGCGUGGAUACAUGGUGUGUUUUGGACAGUCAUCUGGAGCACCAGAUCCUGUGCCUUUAUCAUCCAUCGGAGCAAAAUCUCUGUUUUUGACUAGGCCCACGUUGUUUCAAUACACAAUGACACGUGAUGAACUGCUAGAAUCUGCUGGCGAGGUAUUUUCCAAUGUGUCGUCAGGUGUGCUAAAGGUUCGUGUCAAUCAUAGCUAUCCGCUAUCUCAAGCGGCUCAAGCUCAUGCUGACUUGGAGGGUAGGAAAACAACUGGAUCCAUUGUCCUCAUCCCUGACCAGCAGUGAUCUUGUUAUCGUGGAAAAAGUUUUGUGGAACUUAAUACAAAAUUCUCAGAGGCCAUCUGGCUUAUUAUCUGGUUUGGUGUAUGUGUGAUGUGCUUGCACUUUGCAGAAUCUCUUUGAAUGCCAAAUACGUAGUAUGUAUCUAUUUAAACUUUAAAGGCUGUUUUCCGAUGUCGUACAACCUCC